GUCGAGUACGAGUGCACACUAAUCGGAAGUCCGACGGGCUAGAGAAAGAUGGCGCUGCCCUGUCAGCAUAUCCCAGCAUGCAUUGCGCGAAGAAGCAGAUUUUUAACUGGUACCUCUCCGUACGUAUUCCCGUAGUCUUUCUAUAUAAUGACUGCGGUUACCAGUGGAAUUAUUUCUUAUUACAUCAACAUCGUCGUCUGCUAGAAAGCACAUUCAUUCGCAGGUAAAGUUAUCAUAUUUAACUGCAAAUUAGAGAUAUAAAACAAGAAAUAAGACACAAAGAACAUAUCUAUGCAUGGUCUGUGGUAGCUGGCACUCGUUUUGGAAUUGAUUCCUUCACUGAAAAAGUUAUAAAACACAGACAAGAUGGCGGAAUUUGGUGCUCACUUGACAUCAACGACAGUCUCAAACAGACCUUCAUUUUUUGAAGUUCUUGCUCAAGAAAGUUUGAUGAGUACACUUCGACCGGCCAUGAAGCAUUUGAUAAAGGACUCUGGAAAUCUGUCGUCAGGUUUGUGGCAUUAUCGCAAGCGAGGCAUCGGCAUUGCUGCAAUCUCCAUCUCACAGGGUCUCUCAGUCAGCAUCUUCUUCCUACAGUUCUUAGAAUGGUGGUACAUGAGUCAAGACAAUCAGAGUAGACUGGCUGUUACUGCAUUACCAAUACCUAAACCACCUAAGGUUGAGCAAAAAGAGAAGAGCGCAGUUCCUGAAGAUGUAUCUUUAUGUCCUCUGUGUCACAAGCACAGAACGAACGAUACUGCAUUAUCAACAUCAGGAUAUGUUUUCUGCUACCCAUGUAUCUACAGUUGACUUAAAGGUCACCACUGCUGUCCAGUCACCAGCUACCCAUCGAAACUCAGUCAUCUCGUCAAACUCUAUCCACCAGACUCUUGAUGUCUCGAACUUUGACCUUUGUGUCAACGAACAUAGACUAGCCAAAGUGCCUUGAUUCAGAUAUGGACUUGUAAUAUACAAACAUCUGAACAAAUUGAUUUGUUACAAAUGCUGUUUUGGGGUUUUCUCAACACUAUGCACUUUAAAACAAAUUCCACAUGUUAUCUUUUACAGGUUUGAUAUUUCAAUACUUUGUAUGAGUGAUACAGUCCUAUAUCAAAUUUUGUACAUUUUAUAAUAUAUACAAAUUUUCCCAGGUUGUUUUUU